GCUCGACCAACCAAGCAAAAGGAGGAAGGAAGGAGCUUUGCAAACCAUUCCCAUAGCUGAAAAUUCGAGCUCAACCUAAGGGAGUCCAAAGAGGAAGAUAAAAGAAGGAAAAAGUUGGGGAAAGUGUGAUUUAUUAAGGCACUUGUAAAGGGUAUUUCAAGUGAUUUCACAAAGUUGGAAAAAGUCGCCGGAGUUGUCGCCGGAGUUGACCAAGUCGCCGGAGUUUCACCGGAGCUCAACCAAGAAGGGUAGAACUUCUUAACGCUAGUUCAAGGUUGAAGCUAGGGCUUGCUACUUGCACCUUCUCACGGGUGAUAUCAUAUCGGGAAGACGUGGUUCGUGCUUCCUUAUUUUCUUUCAAACUACCAAACACUUGCUCAUGGAUAUUUGUUUUACUACAAACUAUUUUUGGGGCUUGCAUGCCCAUGUUGUUGGCCGGUUGUGGCUCAUGACUUACCGUUGAAUAUUUCCGCUAUUCAUUGGUUUAAAUGUGAUGUUGUUAUGUAUGUUUACUACUGAGUAUGGAUGGAUUGUUUUCUCGAACGCCUUGUGUAACUAAGUGAGGUUGACUCGUGGGUGACAUCACUUAGUUAUACGGCGGUUGUACACGCGCUUGGAUUGCGGUCUGGGGCGUGACAGUUAAGUGGUAUCAGAGCCAUCUCAGUUCUAAACUAUAUAAUCAACCUCUCACAAAAGAUUUUACAGAAGAGUUUUUACCGAAAACCAUGAGCAUUGUAUUUUGACGUUUAUGGGACUAUUGGUGCUUAAGUUGCAGGGCCUCUGAUUGUUAAGACGGUACCCUUAACAAUUGGUAUGGUGGUGACUUGGGUCAAUACGUGUCUAUAACGUUUUUCCGUCAAUUGACAUUCAUAGGAGUCUAAAGACUCGCCCAAAUUCCGUUUCAGAAAUGGAGGGUAAGCGAAUGGAGACAAGGAAUGACCCUAAGGGACAAGCGUCGGUAGCUUACCUUGAGGCUAGCCGGGCUGUGUCACGAGCCUUUACGGGGAGAGGAAUAGGUCAUGGGGGCCGCGAGGGCCGCCAAGCGGCAAGCGCUAGUCGCGUGGGCUCGAUUUGUAACAUGAGCACCAGGAGGAACGAACGUAGGCGUCAGACUAGGCGAGAUCGGGCCACCUCCCAACGUGAUAUGACUGCCAGUCAAACCCAUCCUUGGGCAAACAACCGAGGAGGAGAAAGCACUUUUACGGCACCAUCAUCACCGGUGAAAAAGAAAAGGAACUCAAAGUGGCAUGUGUCCUUUGCCUACUCUUUAAGGUCAUCUAAAUGUUCGAAUUGCUCUAAGAAACAUUUCGGAAAAUGCAACGAGCCCCCGAUGUGCCACGAAUGUGGGAGCACAACCCAUAUGAAAUUAAGCUGCCCAUGGAGGAGACAACGAGAAACAUCGCAAGCCGAUGAAGGGCUCACCGUGGAAGGAAACCAUACGGGACCAACGACGAGCAACGCUACGUCCGUCAAUCAAGGCGGGGCCCAAGCAAGGGUCUACGCAAUGGCCGAGGCGGAUGCGUGAGCAAACCCGGACUCCGUUGCAGGUA